UGGCACAGCACCUGCCAUAGAUAUGAGGGGUCCCGUUAAGGAGAAACAUAAUAGUGAAAGUAGAAUUAGUGGAAAUUGCGCAACUAGUUGACAUACAUUUAUGAUCAUGGCGGAGGAAGUCGAGUUUGAGUUUUUCUCAAGCAACGAUUCGCCUUUUAGCCUUCAAUAUCCAGCGACUUUCACCAUAGAUGACAGGCAGUUCCUCUCCGUUGAACACUACAUCACCUACCAACAGGCCGUUGUAUCUGAGGAUAAGGCAUGUGCUGAAAAGAUUCUGUCCGCCAAGGACCACGAGAAACAAAAAGAAUGUGGGCGAUGUAUACGGGACUUCAACAAGCAGGCUUGGCAGGACAGCAUGAAAGACGUCCUGAUUAGUGCCAUAGAAGCCAAGUUUGAUCAGAAUCCUGAGUUACAUGAUACCCUGCUUGCCACGCACCCUAAACUCUUGGUUGAGGCCUCCCCUGGGAGUAAGACGUGGGGUAUUGGGCUUGCCAGAGACGACGUCAGAGCCUUGGACAAAAACACUUGGAAGGGAGCCAAUGUGCUGGGAUGUGCCAUGACUCGUCUCCGGGAAAAACUGAUGGCGCAUGAGAGGAAACAUGGCGGCAGAGCGAAGAAACACGUGGCACCCGAGAAAGAGGGAGAAGCAAAAGCGGACCAGAAGGAUCCCGAGGUGAAAACAGGGAAGAAGAAAAAGAAAAAGAAGAAGAUUCGUAUAGAGGAAGAGGGGACAGCGGUGGAAGAGAGACAGAGAGAAGGGGGCGUGGGAGAAGAGGAAGUGAAGAAUGGUGAAGCCCGUCCUAAGCGAAAAUGGUUAAACGAAAAACCGGAUCAGAAUAAUAAGAAAUGUGAAAAUGAACAAAUGGAUCCAACGGGAAAACGAGACAGUGAUCCGAGGGGUGGCACGGGUGCAAGGGUGAUAUGUGACAGUACACCAACUGAUCUUAAGGCAACAUACGGCAACCAGUCAACAAACGACGCCCAGCUAACCUCAGGGUAUAGAGGCUAUAAACAUGAAGGACUAUCUGGGGAGGACAAGUUGUAUUUAUUUUACGGCUACAAGUCUCCAUUCAGCCACCAUCACCCAGCCACAUUCACGAUAGACGGUAGAACAUUCAACUGCGCUGAACAGUACAUGAUGUAUCAGAAGGCCGUUACAUUCGAGGACAAGAAAAUUGAGGAGGCAGUAAUGGCAACGUAUAAUCCCGCGGAACAGAAGCGCCUUGGCAGGCAGAUCGUCAAUUUUGACAUAAAAGUGUGGAAACAGUGCUGUCAACGCGUUGUUGAACGCGCCAACCUGGCCAAGUUUUCUCAGAAUCCUGAUUUGAAACGAAAGCUGUUGAAAACACACCCGAAAUUGAUGGUUGAGGCAAGCCCAUCAGACCUCGUAUGGGGCAUUGGACUUGCCAGGGACGACCCUCUGGCCUGGGACCAGAAGAACUGGAGAGGGAAGAACCAACUUGGCUAUAUAAUGACUAAAGUGAGGGACAUGAUUAUGGAACAGGAAAAGAGCUAGAUGUAAUUGAAUAGGGCAGUGUUUCAAAUUAGUAGUCGUUUAUUUUCUGAUAAUUGGGUUGGUGGUCUGAAAUGUUACAGGAAUAUUGAAACUUAAUAGCGUUUACGUGAGAACAAAGCCACACACUACUUGUAGUACCGGUGAAGCUGUGAGUGGUGUCCGUCGUGGGUACUUAUCGCGGUUUCAUGCAGUCAGACAGGGAAACAAUUGUAAACUGGUUUUAAGCCGGAUUGUGUUUACACAUUGUUGUUCUUUGGGGAUGCGUAAACCAAAUAAUAUAAAUGAAUCCCUAAAAGGUGAAGAGCAAGUGAGAUCAGUGGAAGAGGGGUAACACACAUGAAUGGCAAAUAUUGUAAAACACGAAUGAAAGUCUGCAUGCUUAUAAGAGAUACUUGUCAAGAUUGAGUUCUAAAAUUGGAGCCGUAAACUAUUUUUUUACAGAGUUAUUGCCCUUGCUCCAUGCUUUUCAACUUUCUGCAUAGUAUCUGCAAUGGGGA